AACACAAACACACACCGAGGCUGAGGAAGCCUUUUGUGGAAAGCCAGUUCAUUGCCUUGAGAUUUUUAGUUGCUUUUCAUAAAGAUAGGGCGACACUAUUCCUGUUUAGGGGGCAGGGGAGUCAUUUCUCCUUGCCUGGUGGUCCCUGCUCCUCCCCGCCCUCACACUGGCUAGAAAGUCUGGAUGCUGCUGGAAUGGGCUCCGCAGGGACCCGGUCUUCUCUCGAAAGCCCUGGGCAGGGGGGCGCUUUUCACCCCUCACGCCGUGGGACCACAACCCCGUCUCUUGAUUGACAGCUGUCUGUUGUCAUCGCCGCCGCUCCUACGUUGCUCGUCAGAACUCCGCGCUCUUUUUGCCGCCGCUGCCGUGUCUCCCACUUCCCGGCAGCCGCUCUCCCCUUGGCAGCGUGCAGACAUGGCGGCGCCCUGCGAGGCUCUGGCAGCUUCCGGCCCUCUGCAACCCCCCGGCUGGCCGUGAGGAGCGAGCGGAGGAGAAUUGCCAGCAGCUGCCGCGGCUUACGUUGCUUCUCUGCCAUUGUUAUUGUGCCACCGACGCCGCACCCUUCCCCCCCCCCCCCGCGCUCGGAGCCGCACUUAAUUGGGGGCUGAUCGCCGUCCAUGCACAAAGUUGCCCUCCCCAUAAACCGCCCGCUCAGCUGAGAAUGUCGCAGGAACCAAAUAUGUCUGGUACAAGUGAAGAAAAAUCAAGUGACUCAGAGGAUAACCAGCAGGACAGCUUGGAAAACACGGAACAGUCGGUCAGAAAAAAGAUUCGACAGAAUAUACCGAGUCCCAGCAGAGGCAACACACUUGAAGCAGCUAGUCCCCCUCAGUUUGUGUCAGUGGAGGAGCUGAUGGAAACAGCCAAAGGCGUAACUAACAUGGUAUUAGCCCAUGAAAUUGUUGUCGAUGGAGGCUUCCAGAUUAAGCCAGCUGAUUUGCCAGAAAACAGCCUUGAAAAAAGAGUAAGAGAUAUUGUCCACAAAGCUUUUUGGAAUUCCCUGGAAACCCAAUUAAAAGAAGAUCCACCAUCAUACGACCAUGCAAUUAAACUUGUGGGAGAGAUCAAAGAGACUCUCUUGUCUUUUUUGCUACCUGGCCAUACUAGAUUAAGAAAUCAGAUUACUGAAGCUCUCGACCUGGAGCUGAUAAAGCAGGAAGCAGAGAAUGGAGCCCUUGAUAUUUCUAAGCUGGCAGAAUUCAUCACUGGAAUGAUGGGGACCCUUUGUGCUCCAGCUAGAGAUGAGGAAAUUAAGAAGCUGAAGGACAUUCAUGAAAUUGUUCCCCUGUUCAGGGCAAUUUUCUCUGUGUUGGACUUGAUGAAAAUGGACAUGGCUAAUUUUGCUGUCAGUAGCAUUAGGCCACAUUUAAUGCAGCAGUCAGUUGAAUAUGAAAGGAAGAAGUUUCAGGAACUCCAUGAGAAACAGCCAAAUUCCUUAGAUUUUGUCACUAAGUGGCUGCAAGAAGCUACAGAUGACCUGAGAUCAAAACUUGUACCUGCUAUUGAUGAUGGUGCCGCAUCUACCAGUAGCGUUCCUGCACUGUCUCCUGUAGCUGUACAGAAUCAUGCAUAUCUUAAACUGCUGAGAUGGAAUCAUCUACAAAAGCCUUUCCCAGAGACUGUGCUAAUGGACCAAAGCCGCUUCCAGGAAAUGCAGCUGGAACUAGACCAGCUGAUCUUAACUGGUGCUAUUCUUCUGGUAACGUUCAAUGCUGCAGGCACAGCGCUUUCAGGUCUGCCAGGCUUUACCGACAAGCUCAAAAUGAUCAUCCAGGUACUGCUGACAGGGCUACAUCUUCCUUCCUUCAAUUUGAGUGAAGCUUUGGCUGUCGUAAGUGAAAAAAUCUGUGCUGAAGUUAAUAGUUGCCUUUCCCAACAUGGAUUCACACCUUUCACGCCUGAGAAAGAAACUGUGCUUAAAGGACAGAUCCAGGCUGUGGCCAAUCCUGGUAACACUGUAUGCAAACUGAUAGAUUCAAGAAUUCAGUCAUUUUUGGAGAGUUACCUUGCUUCUGGUCAUCAAAAACCCGUCCCUGCUAUUCCUGGUGGACUAGGCCCUAUUCAGAGAGAGCUGGAGGAAAUUGCUGUCAAGUACGUCCGCCUUGUCGACUACAACAAGAUGGUCUUCAGUCCUUAUUACGAUGUCAUUCUCAGCGAAAUACUGAAUAAAGAAGAAUCACCUUAGCUAAGAUGAAAACUAGCAAAUGUUGAACUUAUUUAUACACUACCCUAAAUGAUAAGGCUUUAAUCCAGAGUAGGUUAGUGGAAGCCUGCACACCUGCUGUUACACUUACGUUUCUGUCAGAAUUAUCAGGGUUGGAAAGCAACCCUGUUUCUUGGGGAUCGUACAAUCAGUCUUGCCAUGUCCCCUGUUCCAUUCCUAACCCCACCCCUCCCACACACAACUGCAGUCCAACACUGUUCAGAAACGUCUGAGUGAAACAUGAUAUGACGCAGAUUAAUUUGGGCCGUUUUGGGGGUUGGAGAAGUGGACUGGGACAUCCUGAGAGUUGUAUCCUCUUCAUCCUACUCCCAAAAGUGAUCAGUAUUCUGAGGGGCUCUGUUCCAAAGGCCCUAACAAUGGCCACCUUAGCCCACCUUGCUUUUUCCGGCCACAUGUGUAGGGGACACAGGCAAGUUGCGGGAAGAAUUUCUCCCACCUUCCUCCUUGCGCGCUAAUUGGUCACAUUCUGUCACAGCAGGUUCGUAUAUGGAAGACUGGUUUUGUGCAUGGACCACUGUGGUUGGAUCAGGGUGGUUAACUUCUAUCUAUUGUAGAACCCUUGCAACCUUUGGAAAAUGGCUUUCCUGCAAAACAUUUGAAUAACUCAAAGCAACAAUUGAGUUCAGAGUGGAUACACCAUGAUGCAUGAAAAUACACCAGCUUAGUCUUUAAUUCAAAGCAAGAGUUAACCUUGCGCUUUGAAAUGUAAUCACUGGUAAGACUUAAAAACGAUAGCUGUUGAAACAUCCUGUUAGCAUGAACUUGAUGUGAAGGAGUCAACUCCUCUUUCUACGCUAAGUUAUAUGGUUCUUAAAGCCUGCCCUAACAACUAUAACAGUAACUUACAUUUCUACGUAUUCAAAACGUGGAUAUUGGUAGUUAUAGCACUUUAUAAGUAGUCUGCAAGCCAAGGCUCCGAACCUUUCUGCCAGCCACAAAUUUUUCUAUGGUAUUUGUUUCUGUACCUGCAGAUAUUCUACCAAAAACAUAUAUAACUAUAUUUUUGCAGAGUAUUUUCUGGUUCUUCCGUACUUCAGUAUUCACAAGGAUGACAUUCUGUUGACUCCAGGUGGUGUUUUCUUUCUUUUGAAGUUUGAGAACUAAAAUCUCUUUUGAUAAGAGCGGUGUUACUUGAUUUUCAGUUACUGAUGGCAUAAAAUGCUAAUAGACAAGCAAGACUUUAUAACUGAAGCAGUUGGAUAAAGACAUAUCCAUAAUCUGAUGCUGGAGUUUAUAUUAUAAAAGUUUUUUGAUUUGAAAAAUUGGGCUCAGCACCUAGCUUGAGACUCCUUCUAACAAAAUACCAAGCCCCCAAUCCAAGCUUUCUUUGCACACAGCUGUAGGCUGCAAGCACACUGCCUAGCGCUGACACCCGUGGCUUCUGCCUCCCCCCCCCUUCCACUCCAGCACUUCCUCUUUGUCUGACAGACCAGCCUUUCACAGGCUUGAGCCUGAUCCAGCAGGCAAUCCACAGGCAGGAAGUUUACUUCCAUGCAUGUAUCAUCCUUGCUGGAUGGGGUGCAAAAUGUUGUUUGUAUGUUUAGUGAUGAAGAUUAUCGUAGGAAAUGAACAAUUUAUAAUGUUCCAUGGAGUUUAUGGAAAUCUUACUGCUAGGUGGUUUUUCUUCUUCCCAAGAGUUCACAAACACAUGUAACAUCCUGGAUAAAUAUGUGUAUCAUCCUGGUUGCUUGAGAAAAAUAACUGUUUGUUAAAGAGGUCAGCUAUGAAUUGCUUUCCAGCAACAGAGGCCAUGACUAAAGGAAACAUAGAUGUUGGGUCAAAAAUGGGGAAAACUAAUAAUAAGUCUGUGUAGUAGGUGUAGAAAUUGGUUAAGAGAGACAGAAUACAUAAUUAUGGUUCCUGAAUGUUUAGUGACUUUUUGUUAUAUGUGAUCUAAUUUGACAUGUAAAUCUUUAAAAGGGCACAGUGCUGCAAGCAUCCAUCUUCCAGUUUAAGUAAUCCCUUUCACUUUAAGAAUUGCUCAAAAGCAAACAGUUUGAUCACAUUCUGAAUAAUUAAACGAUAACUUUUGAUACAGCAGUUUAGUGAACUUAACUUCUUAAUCAACCAGACCCAAUAACCCAGGAGUUUCUACUCCUCAGGGUCCAAAAGGUUUUCCUAUCUAUGAAAAAAUCAUUAACGUUUACCUUGGCUUCCACCAAAAUAUCCACCAGUAUUUUUAAUGGAAAAAGACUGGUCACAAUCCAGCCAAAGUUAAACACUCGCUUGACUGUCCCCCAUUGAAAUCAGCUGGACUUCAGAAUGCUUAACUUUGCCUAGAUUCAUGUCUCUUUACCUAAAAUUUCCAAAAUACAAUCCCUGUUUCUUGGUUAUAUUAGCCAAAUGAAUUGUUAGUUAAGGCCCAAGCAUUUGAAUAUUAAAGAAUGAGUGCUGCUGGGUACUUUGCAGCAAUAAGGCUGCCAUCCUAUGGUCCCUGAGCAGUAAGAACAUAAGAAGAGGCCUGCUGGAUCACACCAAGGGUCCACAUAGUCCAGCAUUCUGUUCUCACAGUGGCCAACAGCUGCCCAUGGGAAAUCCACAAGUGGAAUGUGUACAACAGUGCCCUCUUGCCCAUGUUCCCCAGCCACUGGUGUGCAUAGGCAUACUGCCUCUUAUACUGGAAGUAUCAGUAAGAGAGUUCAAAUUUCCUCCAAGGGUAGAGAGAGGGGGGCUCCACCUUGGGGGCGGGGAUCAGACUUCAACUGCCCUCUCCUAGCCCCCACAGAAACUUGCACAGCUAUUGCCUUUCCAAUGAUGGGGAACUUGUGUGUGUUUUAAUCACAACGAAGUAUUGGAAGGAAGGAAAACACCACUCUUCCCUCCUACCUGUGUGAGUCUGGUAGGACUUUGGAUAAGGCAAUUCAUCCAUCUUCGGAUCUUCCUGCUUCCACUGAAAGGAUUGCUCUGCCCAGACGUAGGAAAGGGAGAAACACUAUAGAUGGAAAUUCAGUAUUUAUCAACAUUGUCUGAAUUGUAUGUGUUUGUGUAUUUCCUUGAAGCUAUGAAUGUGAAUGUGCUGCUUUUUUCUUAGUGUGUAUGUUGUUGUCUAUACCCUCUGCAUCAUUAAUAAAUAAUUCUGUAAUUAUUAAUUCUGUAAUAAAUAAUGUUAUGCAAUA